CUACAUAUCUGCAUUUUGUCACCAUCCUCGCCUUUCUCCAACUCAUACGUAUUGCUAUAUGAGAUACACCAUCUCCUUCUAAAUAUGACUUCCCUUCUCACAGCCUUCACAUACUUUCCGCUAAUGCCAUCCACAUCCGAAUUUAUAUACCACCUCCAGCACCGCUCACUAAAUAGAAACAGCGCCGGUCAUAAUGAAGAGCAGGCAGAAGAGGCACCACGCCGCCUUAAUGCCACAUCGCAGGCCACACUUGUUGAAGAGUUUCCACUACGGGUCACAGACGCUGCGCCACGCUGGGCUGCUGCACCUCCUGGGCCUGACGAUACUCGAAGCGGCAUGGUAGAUGGCCAAGGGUCGGGGUGCACCCUGGAACCGACCACCCGAGUCACCUUGGAUAUCGAACGAGGCGUGAGGAGCAGGGGGACUCGAAGACAGCGUCUCCGGCAUCGUGUGCACAGAGUACGACGCAGAAUGCGGCGGCUGCUUAUCGAUAUUGCCGGGAAGGGGAAUAUUCACUGGGAUUUCUUUGCCACUGGCGUAAUAUCCAUGACUGGUGCAAGCACGGUACCACUGUUUUAUUCGCUGUAGCACACAAUAUAUGGCAUUUAUCCAUCCAGGAUAUCAUGGGCAUGUGGGCGAGCCUAAAUCCCGUGCAGGAGCUGCAUGCGCAUAUCUUGCCUUCGGUUGCGCUUGGAAACUGGCCGAGGUGUCUAGCGGAUUGCUGCCCUUGGCUGCCUCUGCGCCCUUCUCGGACUAGGGAUAGCGUGCCACAAUGCACUCAAGGGACAGCCACGGGCAAGCCACCGUGCGCGCCAGCCGA